AUGUCUUCCAUGAACGAAAAGGGACCUAUAUUGCCAUCGCAUCAAGAUGGCUGCCAUUGCUAUGAAGAAGAAGGUUGUAAGCAUAACAGUGUUAGAACGAGUCAAAGAAGACUUUGCAUCCGGUCUUUUGUAAGUCGUUUCUUUCAAGUGCUUAUCCUUUGUGCUGCUCUCUACGGGACAUUUCAAUGGAUUGACAAGAAGCAUGUUGACUCUGGUAAAGAUGUGGACAGUCAGCAAAAGAUAGUCGACAUGAAUGGCUUCAAUAGCAAUGUGGCUCUAACGAACGAUAGGAAUGAUGCCCAUUUAACCUAUCUCUGUAAAGGAGAACUUACUCUUCCUUUGAAAGGAGAUACAAACAUAUCGAUUGAUGCAAGUAUAUUUAACCGUCUAGAAAUCAAGCAACGAGCAGAGACCAUGAAAGGCUAUCAAGUUGAAUUGGCAAAUGGAAAGACAACCGUGCGUAAGAGUGAUGAUGCAGCAACUACUACUGUAACUAUAAAGAUCAACGGCAACGAUCCAGAACUAGCUGAUAUUUUUUGGAUUGAGCAGAACGAAAAUCCUCAGGACGGUCGCUAUGAAAUUGUCAUCCAUCAAGAGGAGAAUUUUCAAAUUCAAAAUGGAUGUGUCUCUAUUGAUGUGGAUGUGGUUGUUCCAGAAAGUAACUCCUUAAAGUCGCUUCGUUUGAUGAUGGCAAGCAAUAAGAUGCUAUUUUUAGAAGGUCUCGAUUUUGCAGAUAGUCUCGAUAUCUCGACUGCUAAUGGAGACAUUGAAUUUGAAAAGGGCAUUUCAAGUGGUAGAACGAAUCUUCGAACAGCCAAUGGCCGCAUAAGUGGUACUUUGCGCAAUUUAUAUGCUGACUUGAGUUUCACGACGGCCAAUGGUGUUGCAAACGUACGAGUAGAAGAAAUUUCGCCCAGUAAGGAGGAAAAGGCUGCGUCUGUUGCUCUAUCAGGAUCCACUGCCAAUGGAUCUAUCAAGCUUCAAUUGCCUUCGCAUUUUGAGAGUCAAUUUAGCUUGACAAGUUUUACAGGCAGACGUAUAGUGGAAGUAUCAGAACCAAAGAAACUUCAUAUCAAUCACUGGUCUUGGGGCUCCACGAAAGGUUAUUAUGGGGAUAGUCCAGCUGUGAAAGAUCGGGUUUCCUUAACCGCUGCUAACGGUAACCUCGACCUAUUGUAUAAUGUAUGA